AGUGCUGUCAUUCAAAUGCAAUUUACUGUGCAGUGGUUUAUAUUCACCAAACAAAUUUGACUUGCCCCAUAUAUUUUGACGAGAGACAUCUGUUUAGUGAUUCGGAUCACGUUCUACUGAGUUGCCUCACUAAAAUGCUGUUGUUGACAUCUUGUAAGAUGUAUGCACUCGAUUUACACUCCGAAUCAUAGAACGUAUGUGGCAGAAACGAUUGCUGCACGGAUCCGUGUCAGUCCAGCUGACAUGGCACACAGGAAAGAAGUAUUCCAGUCCAAGGUGCUCCAGAAGCUUUACCCUUCAGCCCCUAAAUUGGAGAAGGAACCCUCCCCAUCAUGCAUACCAGUGGAUGUGGAAAAAACCUCUAAUCAAGAUAUUACGCCUAGUAAUUCAGCAGUGGUUCCAAGUAGGCGUAUAUACACGGUUCUACCUCCUCCUGAAGACUAUGAUGCCAAUUCAGUGAAAUGUGUGACGCUACAACAGCUUGAGACCAUAAAUAGUGAAGAGGUUCCAUCAGAACAAGACAUACAGGUGUGCAGUGAAGAGCUUGACCAAGAUGAAGAAGCAAAUGAACCGAAAAGACGAAAGAAAAGAAGAAAAAGGAGACUAAACCUUCACGGAGAUAAAGAUGGAACUGCUCCAACUAUGGUGACUAGUGUCGUUCAAAACGGGACGCUGAUAGAUGAAGAAGGAGUGCGCGUUAGCCGGAACAAGAAAAGGAAACUGAAGAAGAAACGGCACAAAGAGAAGAUGCUCUCAAUGGGUUUGAUGCCUCGGGCUUCUGCUCUGGAAUUCACAUUCCAAAGGAAAAAUGAGGAAGAAGAAGAAGAGGAUGGGAUGAGAGCUGCUGAGGUGGUAGACUUCCUCCGGACCACACUGGAAAUCUAUAAAUCAGAUUCGUUGUUGCGUGCAGAGAAGCUUCCUUGCAUGCCUGGUGUGUUGGAGGAUCUUUUGAGCAGCAUCGCCAAUGGAAGCAGGCCUGUCUCUCUUUUGAAGCAUCUUCAUAAUCUCAAGCUAUGUACUCAACACAAGGACACAAAGCGACUAGAAAAGGAACUGCAGGACCUCUCCAACAACACCCUGAUACCCCCAGAGGAAACCUCUGCGGUGGCCCAAUUGUUCCAAUACUGGAUAACAGACAUUCUUCCCAUGAAGGGAGUCAAUGAGACAAAAGUCUCCGAGAGGUUUAGUCAUGCUGCGACACCAUGUAAGGAAGAAAUUUGUUAGAUCCAUAGCAAAAUGUUCAGACAUUAAAUUUGUGUCUGAGUCACUCUAUGACACUGUCUGUAAAUCUUUUUUCUGUGUUUGCUUUUCUGGAUUUUUCCAUUCUACAAGAAUAAAACAAAGCAUUUUGUUCACUCCAAUUAGAAAA